AUGGUGUACGACGACCGUGGGCAAUGGGAUAUGAAGCCUGAGCCGCCACGGCAUGAUGGAAACCGUGGAUGGUAUCGUAAUCGUGGUGGAUCGCGAGGACAACGCCGCGGCGAUUCACGUCACGGCCCUUCGUCGGGUGCGUACGGUCCUAUGGACCGUGGACGCAUGCAGCAAAUCGAGGCAACCCGUCAAAUCCAUCAAUCUCUUUUCCAUUUAGGAAGCGACGAGGGAUUCCAGAGUGCUGUAGAAAUCCCAAAGGUUUGUGCAUGGCUGGAGACGCAGGCUCUUGAGUUCCCGGUAGCCGUGCUUUCUGCUUUCAGGAUUAUGGCUACCGAGCAACCACAAAAGACAGCGCUAACGGCCGCUAUGAUUGCACAUCUCGUGCUCAAACCGGGAGCGCACUCCACUGAAUCUGGCAAAGCAUCUCUUGGUAUGCGGGUGAUGGAGCACCUCAUCCACAUGUUCGGCCAGGAUGUCGACGCACACUACUGGCGUAAUGCUCGUCUUGUAUUGCACGUGUUUGUGGCACUAGCACCGCUAGGUGUUGUAUCAUCUGCUUCACUGAGGCGUACGAUCAAAGCAUUCGUGGACGUGCUAUCGAGCGAUGGCGUAUCUCGCGAUGUGGCUGACCCGGCAGCUGACUGCGUCAUUGAGGCUAUGUGCCGUGGCGGCACAGAUCUCAUUCAGCCUGAGCCUGGUGCGUUAGAACCUUUGCCUUCUGCUAGGGAAGAAAUGGAUGCCAUUGUAGACGGCAUUACUCUAUACGGCUCGCAGCGAAGCAAUGCUGCAAUGCAGCUCAUCUCGCCGUUCCGCCUGGGCGAGCCUCACGACUUUCUCGACCAGGAUGGCUUUAUGGACCGUGUUCGUGCCUUGCAAAGCUUGAAGGAACAUGGUUACGUUCGUCCAGCUUUUCUUCCUUCAGCGUGCGAUCUGCUUUCCGUGGAUGUGUCUCCAGCGACAAGCACAGCGCCUGCUGAACAACGCACUGCUCACCUUCCCGACCUACAUGUCGCUCCUAUCCGCAGCACGGCCUACGAUGAGCUCGAUGACGACCUGCUUGCGCCCCCCAAGCGCCUGCAGACAGGCAAGGGUACGCAUGAGACUGUGCGUGUGCGAACGGGUGCCCCAUCUCUAGAUGCAGCAGCGCGCUGGUUCGGCUCGAGCGUGCCUGCUAUUGGCUCUGUGGAAGGAGUGGUGCUUCGUGGGAUUGUGCAGGAUAUUAUUGAUCUGUACGUGAUCAACCGCAAGGAGUGCGCACAUGUGCUUCUUACGCUUCCACAGUGGCUGCGCCGAGGCACUUUUGGCGGCAAGAUUCCGCCUCAUAUCGGCAUUUUUGGCGACGAGCCUGAGCCUGAAGUGUCCGUGGAAUGGAUGCUAGAGGAUGUACUUCUGGAGGGUGCCCUCUCUACGAUGCUGCUUCUUCCUCGGCCGCCACAGCUAGAGCUGUACUACUCGUCACUGAUGCGCGAAAUCGUCACAUUGGCCCCGCAGCAAAUUGCGCCCUCAAUUGGACGCACGAUUCGCCGCUUCUACGUGGCCAGUGCUGACGGUGUCGUGCGCGCCGAGGUGCUGCGUCGCGUAGCUGACUGGUUCAGUGUUCAUCUCAGCAACUUCAAGUUUACUUGGGCCUGGAACGAAUGGGCUGACGACAUGACACGGGCCUGGGCGCAUCCACGUCCAGCCUUGGCGCGCCGUAUCGUGGAGCUCGAAGUGAGACUGGCAUACUAUGACCGUAUCAAAGGCACCCUGCCGCCCGACAUGGAAGCGUAUAUUCUGCCUCCCUUUGAGCCUUCACCGAAUUUCGUCUACAAUCGGCCGUCGCAUUCGUAUCAUGGUAUGGCUGAGCAGCUAUUUCAGUCUAUCAAAGCUAAGGCCAGUGUGCAUGUGGUCCAGGCAGACCUGCAGAGCUUCCAACAGAGCAUUUUGGCUCCUGCAACUGACGUGCCUGAUGCUGACGAUACACAUCAUGUCGAUUCUCCGGCAGAAGCAGAGCGCGUCGCUAGGGAUGUGGGUAUUCAGACGCUGCUAUUUGCAGGAAGCCGCAGCUUUUCGCACCUUCUUAACGUAAUCGAGCGGUACCACGAGCUGCUUCGUGCACUGUCACAGUCACCUGAGGCGCGUGUGUCGAUUCUGCACAGCACAUGUGUCUUUUGGACGCACUCGCCGCAGUGGUUCUUGAUCGUGUGCGAUAAGCUGCUGCAAUAUCGCAUUGUGGAGCCUUUGGAUGUGGUCACCUUCGUAUUCUCUGAACCAUCGGGCGAUGCGGUAAUGGAAGAAGCGUCUCCCUUCGACGUCGCUUUGCACGCACCUGAAUGGGGCAACCGUACACAUCGUGACUGGAGCUCAUUUCAUUGGUGGGCUGUGCUGCGUCUGACUAUGGACAAGGUGAUCGGUCGUGUAAAUCAACUUUCGCGGCGUGUCCAGGACCUUCGUCGCGUACAGGCUGCACCUGAAGCAGCUGCAUCAGACACCGCACAGCGUCAUGCUCCGGCGACAUUAGACGAAGCACAAGUGCAUCUUGAUGCUGUUCAGCUAGAACAGCGAAAAGUGCUUGUCACCAUACUCUCCAAGCUUGUAUCGCACAUCCAGGAGCACGGUGGCAAUACUUCGCUAUCCGAUGAAACAGACAGUUCCGGUUGGCAGUCGUGGUGGGUGCGCGAAUGGUACCAUGCGUUCGUGGCAGUGUACUAUGACGUGAUCGCAGCCAAUCGGGAGACCAUUUUGGCGAACGUAUUCGCUAGCGCUGGCACAGAUGACACAUGCGCCGUUCUUUUUGAACAGGCCUGUGCUUUGGCACAAACUGCGUAA